AGCAAGCUUCACCACUAAUUGAAACAAACUAUUCUAGCUAGCUAGCUGAAGUUGUUCAAAUGAGCAUGGUUUCUUUAAUGAAACUCUUGUCUCUCUUUCUCCUCGUCGUACUGCUGACGCCGCCGCCGGCCGUCCAGGGCCAGCUUAAAAUUGGCUUCUACAACAAGACAUGCUCUACGGCGGAGAGUCUGGUUCAGCAGACAGUGGCCUCCGCCUUUGCCAACAACUCCGGCGUCGCCGCCGGCCUCAUUCGAUUGUUCUUCCAUGAUUGCUUCGUCAGGGGUUGCGAUGGCUCAGUGCUAAUAGAUUCAACGGCCAACAAUACGGCAGAAAAAGACGCUCCCCCAAACAACCCAAGCUUACACGGCUUCGAGGUGAUCGACGCCGCUAAAUCCGCCGUGGAAGCCAAAUGCCCCAACACAGUCUCCUGUGCCGACAUCAUCGCCUUUGCCGCCCGCGACUCAUCCGCCCUAACCGGCAACAUUUCCUACCAAAUUCCCUCCGGUCGCCGCGACGGCAACAUCUCCUUAUCCUCUGAAGCCAGCGCUAAUCUCCCCUCCCCUCUCUCCAACGCCUCCACUCUCAUCAAGGCUUUUGCGGCAAAAAACCUUACCGUGGAUGAGCUCGUCACAUUGUCCGGGGCCCACUCCAUAGGGGUUUCCCACUGCUCUUCCUUCAGAAACAGGAUCUAUAAUUUCAGCUCGACUAGUCAGGUGGACCCCACGCUGAGCGCCGCAUAUGCGACACUAUUACGGUUGGCUUGCCCAUUCAAUACUUCCCAGUCGGGAAAUACAACGGUGGCGUUGGAUCUUAUUACGCCGUCGGCGCUCGACAACGCAUAUUAUAAGGGGGUUCAGUUGACACUGGGGUUGUUCACGUCGGACCAGGCGUUGUUGACGCAGGCAAAUUUGAGCACUGCCGUGAAUGAUAACGCAAACAAUGCCAGUGGGUGGGCUACCAAGUUUGGGAGAGCGAUGGUGCAGAUGGGAACAACUGAGGUGAAGACGGGAACGCAGGGGGAGAUUCGGAAGAAUUGUCGUGUUGUGAAUAGUGCAAAUCUCGGGAGUAUUAUAGGAGUGGAUGUUAAGGAAGAGGAGGAGGAUGAGUCUUUGAUGGCUUCUAUGUGAGUGAGAGGUGCAUGUGUAUGACUAACGGCCUAUGCUUUGCUUUAUAAAAUAAGAUUGGAGGAUGUCAUUUACUUUGUCUUAGGACUAGCAAUAAUAUAUAGCUAUCGAUGUACGUACGCUGUUUUUUGACAAAAAUAAUUGGUCAUCCUUCUUUGUUGUUGUCGCAUGGGUACGUAUACAAUUUCCUCAUGAGUGAUGUUAUAACUUAAUAUUUUUAUUAAUAAGUUGGUAAGUUGGGUGCAUCAA